CAAUUUAUGUUUAUUUAUGGAUUAAUAAACAUAAUAUUUAGAGUCAAUAGAAAUUCUAUAAAUUAUAAUGAGAAACUUUUGUAUAUAUAUAAAGCCAAUAUCUAAACAUUUUGCGCUUGCGCUACCUGCAAAAAAGGAACGACCAUCACGGCAUCGCAACGAUGACGGCGCUCACUUCAAUCUUCGCCGCGUGUCCGUCGAUGGAUUCGGACCGAAAUGUGAUGGACCUUCAAGUCGAUAUUUGAAUUCGUGAGAUUAAAGAAAAUAAGUGCGAACUCACGUGCAAAAUGAAACAUUGAAGCUAUAGAGUUUUGAAGCCCAACUGGCCUACUUCAACAAGUUCGAAAACUACACUGCACGCACAAGAAUGUAUCAGAGAUGACUGAAUGCUAAAGGCGAAGGUGGAACAAGUUCGAAUAUUGCUUCCACCAUUUGGAAAGCUCAAAUGCGGGAAUGGAAAUGAACGAUACCGAAAGCAGCCUCAAUGGCACAGAUACCAAUCGAACAUUUGUACCAAUUUUUACUGUUGACAAGGCUUACAUCGAACAAUGGAAGCUAAAAAAACACCGCGAGAUGCUUUGCCGAUAUGUCUUGACGGCGGAAUGUACUCAACUGAAUGGAAGUUGGAGUGGACUUGAUAACCCUUCUUGGAAUAGUGCAGAAUACCCUGAUCUAUUUCAGGAUUGGUACUUGACAAAUGGAACUAACUUUACGCUUUAUGAAAAUUCCACUACACUUGCUGACGAAGUUCUGCCACCUUUUGAGCUAUGGCAAACGAUCCUGAUUGCCAUUUGUCUAGCGAUCUGUAUAGUUUUGACCAUAGGAGGCAAUAUUCUCGUACUGUUGGCAUUCAUUGUGGACAGAACCAUUAGACAGCCGAGCAACUACUUUAUUGCAUCUUUAGCUGCAACCGACAUGCUUAUUGGUACCGUGUCCAUGCCAUUUUACACCGUAUAUGUUCUCAUGGGAUCCUGGGAUCUGGGACCUUUGCUAUGUGAUUUAUGGCUCUCUGUAGAUUACACGGUUUGUUUAGUAUCACAAUACACCGUCUUGCUGAUAACAAUCGAUCGAUUUUGCUCAGUGAAAAUUGCUGCACAAUAUCGUAGUUGGCGAACGAAAAAUCGUGUCAUUUGGAUGGUGACCAUAACCUGGAUCAUCCCGGCCUUGCUAUUUUUUAUUAGUAUUUUUGGAUGGGAGCACUUUAUAGGCUACAGGGAUCUGGCACCAAAUGAAUGUGUCGUACAGUUCCUAAAGGAUCCUGUUUUUAAUACAGCACUGAUUAUCGGUUACUAUUGGACAACAUUGAUCGUUCUCUUUAUUCUUUAUGGUGGUAUUUAUAAAACCGCUUAUGAUAUGCAGAAAAAAAGUGAAGCGAAACAAAGAAAAAUGCAAUCAAUGGUGGCACUAAGUGCAGGAGCAAUGUCAGGAAUGGCUGGUCGAGCAGCGGGUAUUGGUAUUUCCAAAACACAAAGUACUCUCUUAAGUCAGGACAAACCCAAACCAACGGGUGGAGGAACUGUCAAUUCAAAAACAUCAGGAACCGAUGGUACAGCAGGUGAAGACGAUAAUAAAUCAUCAAAGAAACAAGUAGCCUCCGAUGAGUCAUCGUUUAAACAAUCGGGAGCAAUGCCUACGGAAACCGAAAAGUCGGAGAGAUCCAGCAGUCCUGCUUUUGAUUCGGAUGAUGAUAGUACAGUUGGACCAUCUCAACAACCGAGUUUCAGAAAAAGAUCAUCCCUAGCUGGUUUAGUGGCUCAGUCGGGUGCUCUACAAGUGUUUGCACCCAAUGGAAGACUGAAUGGAAUGCUACCCGUUAAAGUCGAAAUGAAUGUAACAGUUAAGAAACUCUCACCAACAAGUCCCAUGCGUGAAGCUGUGCAAAAAGCCCAAACACUGCCAAAAAUUCAGGAACUGAGUCUCCUGGACACCGAUAACCCCAUCGAACCGGAUAAAUCAAGUAGUCAAACACUAACUCCCGAACAAUCCCUACGAUCUAAUGACGCAAUUAAUUCAGCUGAAGAUACACCCACUUUUCAAACCAAACACGGAACAAUUUCCUCACAAACAAACAUCAUCCCUCCACCAUCACAAUUUCGAGGUAGUCCUAAUAUUUCCGAAAGCACCUCAACGUCUUCACCAUCAACGGACAGACAAAAGUCCCUAACAGUCUCUAUACACGGUCAGGGUACCUAUGAUAUUCUCACCGGUCUAGACGGGGCAGAUCUUCGCUAUAUGGACGAAAGUUCCGUCAUAGUACCAAGUCCAUCAUUCGAAAGUCCACCGUCAUCGUUUUCAUGUAGUCUCGCGAAUCCCCUAUCAACAGCGCCAUCGUCACCAAUUUUAAAUAAUACAACCGGAAUGACAGUUGCAAAUACAAGUCUCCUGCAGGCCGCUUUGAUUAGAGCCACAGCUCAACAGGCAGGUUGUACACAACCAACAAACGCAAUGUCCCAAUGCAUUGCAACAUCGAAUGCCUCAUGUCAAACACAUCCUCCACGUGUUUUUGUCACUCCUCAAGUAAACGCUGCCUCGCAAACAUCGCCCAUUGUCAGUAAAGUUCAGACAGAAGUCACUGUUAAAGCCGAGGAUACAAAACCACAACCAGUUACAACAGUUAUUUGUGCCACGCCAGUUGAAUCCUCAAAUAGUACAACUGAACGAUUUUCAGAUCAAUUAACAAAGCCAAAUGUACCUCUUCAAAAUUCAUCGUCAAGCAGUAUGCUACCCACCAUAUCAGGCACCACAAGUGAACAAGGUGGUAAAAAACAAUCGAAAAAAUUUAAAGAACGCAACAACGAUGAAGGAAGUAAAAAGGAUUUUGUCAAAAGUAUUGGAAAACGUAUUAAAACAAAAACACAAAAAAGAGAUCCAGCUAUGGGUCGGCAAAAAUCAAGAACAGAAAAUAGAGCACGAAAAGCAUUUAGAACUAUAUCUUUUAUUCUCGGUGCAUUCGUUGUAUGCUGGACACCAUAUCACGUACUGGCGUUGGUAGAGGGCUUCUGUUCUAUGCCACCGUGUACCAAUAAACAUGUCUUUAUGUUUGCAUACUUUCUAUGCUAUGCAAACAGUCCAUUAAAUCCUUUUUGCUAUGCUUUAGCAAAUCAACAAUUUAAAAAAACUUUUAUGAGAAUUUUAAGAGGUGAUUUGCAUAUGACUUAAAGAAUUAUUCUCUCAUCAAAAUAUUCAAUAUUGCGGUUUUUUUUUUGGCAUUAAAUUUUGGGCAAAAUCCAAUGUCAGUGUAAAUAAAAAAAUAUUAUAUACGGAGAACAAUAGAUGAUAAGUGUUAAUUAUAACGAUAGAAAUAUUUUUAAUUACGGAUACAGAAACUCCAUAAUUAUCAGUACGAUCUUCCACUUGUAUAAAAAAAAAGUUGCUGUUAUUUUUGCAAAUAUUCUAAUUUCACAUUAUUAUUUUAUUAUUUAAGUAACUAAUUACUAAGUUUUUACAUUUUUCCUUAAUUUGAAUGGUAAUUAAAAUUUUAUUUUUUUUAUCCUUUUGUGCUCGUAUUAAAAUUACACAUUAAUAAAAUCAAAAAUAUUAAAAGCAAAAUAUCAAAAUGUAAUGUUUAUUUUAAAAAAACUUUUUAAACGAGAAAAUGUAAAAAUAAAACCUACUGUAAUGAAAAUUUUUAAAAAAUCAAAAUUUAAAAAAAAAAUCAAACAACUUUAAUAUUAGGUAAAAAAAUGUAUGCCAUGCACGAAAGGAUAAAAAAAAAAUUAUUUCAUUUGUCUUCCAAUAUUAGUUUUUUUCCCCAAUGAAAAUAUAUAUAUUAUUUAAAUUAAAAAUUAGAAAUAUUUCUUUUUACAUUAUAAUAAAAAAAAAAAAAAUAAUAAUAGUCCAUAUUGUAAAUGUUUAGCAACACGAAAAUGUGGGCCAAUGUACAAUUAAGAAAAUAAUAUUUGAACGUGUAUAAAAAUAAUAUCAAAACAAUCAACAUCUUUCAGUACAUUGUCUGAUUAAGACUAAAAAAUAUACUAUAUAAAAAGAAAUUAAUUCUUUAUAAGAUUUUGCAAAUGUAAAACAUACAUAAUUGUUACUGAUUUGUAAAUACACAUUAUUGAAGAAUUAUUUACAAUUGAGAUAAAAAAAAAAAGUGAAGUACUUUGGAAGCGUUUUAAACAACAUUUUUCUGAGCAGUUGCAAAAAUUUUUUUUUUUUUUUUAGAAACUCGUAUACAAAAAAUAAUAACUUUCAUUAGUAAUGUGUGUCUUUAAAAAAGAUGUGCUAGCAAAUAAAAUCACAAAUAUGACGCAGCUAUAAUGCUUUAGAUUUAGUGCGUACUUUGAAACAACAAAAAAUGUUGGAAAAAAAAUUUAGUUUAAAAAAAAAUGUAGAAAAUUAUUAAUAAAUCGGAGAUAAUAAAAUAUAUUUAAAAAAAAACGCUUCUUAAAAAUUUACCAGAGAAUACUUGAGAGAAUAAAGUUGCCGUCUUCCAAAAUUGACAACUAAUCUCAAAGUAUAUAUCUUAUUGAGCGUUAGUCAAAGACAAAUAAAAUUUGUUAAAUAAUAUACAUACAAAAUGAUUGAAUGCUUAUUAUGCUUAUUAAGAAAAGAUCCUACUGCCCUUGGCUGUGCUGCUAUAAAAAGAGCAUCUUAACUAUUUGCAUAAAUUUUUUUAAUUGUUUCUAAUCUUACAUUAAAUGUAAUCCAAAAAAUAAUUUUUUAAUAUUAAUUUUCAAAUUACAUUCUUAUGUAAUUAAUAUUUAUUAUAAAUAUAUAUAUUUCGAUUUUUAUAAUUUUCAUUACAGAAAUGUUUUAAACAAAUAAAAAUUAAAGGUUCAAAGUGAAAUAAAAAAAAAAUGUACAUAUAUGUAUAACUUAAAAUUUUUGAAAAUUGAAAGAUAAUCGAAGUGUAUAACAAUUGUAAUUCAAAAGUGGACCCAGCAAACCAGAAUGGAUUUUGUUUAAUUGUUACAUAAUACUUGUAUAUGAAAAUGUCCUUCCAUAAUUGUGACGCACAUUAUGAUUCUCUAAAAUUUAUCUAGAAUUUUCAGAAAUAAUUUUAUAAAACUCAACAUUCCAACAAACAAAAAUUUGAUUCAUUUUGCCAUUUUGCAAAUUGUCAACAAACUUUUAAAUAUAAAUUAAUCUAAAUUAUAUUUCGUAAAAAUUAAAGUUCAAUUAAAUAUAAAUUCCGUCAAAAUGAGAUUUUAUUGAAAUGGAAAUAAUGAAAAUUCAUUUUAAUGAAAAAUUUGUCUUCUAAAAUAUUUAUUAAAAUUUAUGUUAAAAUAUAAUUUUGUUAAACGAAAAUGCAUUCAAAUAUUAUUUCUCUUUGAAGUAUAAUUUAUGUUUAAUUAAAAUUCAUAUUUCAUAAAAAUUUUUUUACUUAAAAAUUUUAUCAUUUACAAAAUUAAUAUUAUUAAAAAUUUAUUUAAUGGAUAAUGUAUUUAUAAAAUAUUUUUUAUUUAUUACGCGCAUUCAUAUAAAUUGAAGAAAUAAAAAUUUGAUUAAAAGUUCUUUCUGAAAUUCUUCCAAUUAAUGAACUUUAAAAAAUCAUAAUAAGUCAUAAUUGUCAUAUUUAUAGUUAUAAAAAUUUGUGAAUGUUACAUAAUUUAUAUAAAAAAUUCACAAAUCAAAUAACUUAUUUUUAUUUAAACAAAUUUUAAUGCCUUUGUCCGUUAUAGAACACAAUAUCAUUGAAAUUGAAAUUAUAUUAUUUAUUCAUAUUUUAUUAUUGUCACUGCAUUAAUUUAGAAUAAAUUUUUUUUAAUAAAAAUAAUAAUGAAGAGAGGAGUGAAUGAAAAAAUUUAAUGAAAUCUGAGAGAAAUAAUAAUAUUAAUAUGCGUGGUAUAUCAAAAGUAAUAUUAUUGAUUUAAAUAGCUGCUGAUAAAAUAACAAAAUAAUUUUGUCUUUAUGCAAAUAUCUUUGGGACCAAAAUAAAAUAUAUUUCAAUGAAUAAAUUUGUUUACUUUUUUAUAAUAAUUAUAAAUUUUUAUUUUCCGAUAGAAAUAAAUAAUUCAAAACUAUAUUAUUAUAAAUUUUUUUCUUAUUGAAAAAUUUCCACAAUAAAAUUCGUAAGAUUUUAUCAAUUUUUUUCACUCGCUCCUUUUCAAUUAUAUCUUCAAAAAUUCAAUUUGGGAUAUUCACAUUACAUAUGGAAAAUUAGAAAAAUUGAAAUAAAAAAAAAGAAAAUAAAAAUAUACGAAUUAAAAUGUUAUAUUUUAUUUAUUAUUAAAAUUUAAAAUAAAAACGUUAUUAAUUAAUGAACUCUUUACAUACAUCUAAUAUUAAAUUAGAAUGUGGAAGCCUUUUCGAUAUUAAAAGUAGAUCUGUGUGUGAAGUCAGUUAGGAUCAAAAAUGUAUGAGUACAUUUAUAUAGUUACUAGUGCGGAACCAUAUUUAGUAUAUAUUUAAUAAAUAUAAAUAUAUGUAUAUGAUUCGCGCGUAAAUAAUUUUGUAAAAUGAUUGUAUAUAAAUGCGUGAGUUUAGAAAAAAAAACAGUUAAUGUUGUUCAUGUUUAUUACAUGAAAAUGUGAAAAAUAAAUGAUAUAUUAAUGAGAAGGGUAUAUCUGAAAAACGACUCUGCUGGGGAGCUGAAUCGAUUUCUGAGCCCCUUUAUCGGUUUAACCCUCGCAGUGUUCGAUUAUACUAUUAUCAAUUAGAUUAAUAGAUUUAUAAAUAUAUGAGCUUCAAUGCCAUGCAAAACGUUUUAAUUUUUGUAUUUGACAACAGACAUUUUUUUUUUAAAUAAAUUUUUAUUAAUUUAUUUUCAUUUUUUCAUAAAUUAAUAUUUAAAAUCAUAUUCAUGAACUAUUUUUUUCAACCAAAAAUAUUUUUACUAUUUAACAUAUAAUGAAAUUGUCACUCGGUUAAUAAUUAUAAAAUAGAAUCUACCAAUCUUUCCGAGCCAAAGGUGAAAUUUAAAAACACAAAUAUUUAACGUUUCGACGUUAAAGAUUGAUAGAUUCUAUUUUACAUUUAUUAUUUAACAAUUCUUUCUAAAAAGCAAGAAAAAUUCCUAAUUUUCUAAAUAUUCUAUAAUUAUUUCACAAAAAAAAAUGUUAUAUAAAAAAUAAAUGUCAUAUAUUGUCAAAGAAAAUCAAAAACGUUUUCAUGGUAUAUAAAUGAAUGACUGAAAUAUUGUCAAGAUACAAUAAGUUUCAUGGAAAUGGACUUCUAUUUAAAAUGUGAAAAUGAUUUAAAAAAAAAAAUUAAUUUAUGCUAUAUAUAAAUAAAUAUAACAAAAUAUGUUCGAUUAAAUAGAUUCAACAUUGGAUUAAAAUCAAUUUAAUCUUUCUUAAGUACCUGCAGUCCACAAAUAAAUUAAUAAGUGAUAUAACAGUAUUAUGAUGUAAACGGUUUAUAUAAUUUAUAAUAUCGAAUUUCAAUUUUCACGCAUUUAAGAUAUGUACCAUAAUUUAAUUAUCUAUAAAACAUUUCUUCAAUUUUUUUGUACAUGAAAUGUUUUAAAAAAUUAAUUUUGUAAUAUUAACCUGUGAUGGAUUACACUUCGUGCCAUGCACAAUAUUCAAUUAUAAUAUACAAAAUCCUUCAGUAUUACUCAUAAAUGUAUGCAUAUAUUGUAAAUAAAAUUACCAUUAUUAAUAACGUAAAAUGCAAAUGUAAAAAGCUUGUGUAGCACAUCUAUAAAAUGAUAUUAAUUGAACUCUAAAAACAUAUUCAGAGAUAACAUUUUAUUUUUACUAAAUAAAUAGCAUUCACGCUGAAAAAAUAUAUGCAAUGCAUAUGACUUGCAUACACGAUGGUUAAAUGAGAAUUUAAAUUAAAUUUAAAUUAUAAUUCUUUAUUUGAAUGAAAACAAUUGUUAUUUAAUUACAAAUUUCAAAUAUUAUUAUUGUUAAAUUCAUUCAUAAACAUUUUGUGAAAACUAAAUUUUAUAUAUCGUUAAUAAAUUUACACUCAGCUAUUUAAUAAAAUUAAUAAAAUAAUCAUCGAAAUAAAAUGUUAUCUUUGAAAUAGAAUUUGAAAGUUUACUUGUUGUAACAAUAAUUUGUGGUCGUAGGAAAAAUGUAUAAGAAAAAAAAAAUAAUAUUAUAUCAUAAUUGGAUUCCCAACUCUAUACAUAUUAUAUAUGUAUAAAUGUAAAAUUCAAAAAAUCGAAGACAAAACAAUAAGCAUUUUUUUUCAAUAUAUAAAAACCACAUACUUUUUUAAAUUAUUAUUUAAGAAUUUCAAAAUUUAUCAAGCAAAGUUGAAUAUUAAAAAAAGAAACAUUUCUACUAAUUUUUGUAACAUCGAUUAAAAGCAACAGGAGAAAACAGGCCUAAUUCUCUUAAAUAAAAAUGUAAACGUAUGUAUUUUCAACUCAACGAAUCUACAAAAAAAUCAGAUUCUAUUUGAAUUCAACAAUUAAUACGUAUAAUUAUUCUUUUUGGGUUUAAUUUUAUAAUUUUCGACAAUUCCAGAAAUAAUAACAGUAAUACUAAGAAUAAUCAUAAUAAUUAAUAAUAAUAAUAAAAAAUAGUAAUAAUAAUAUUAAUAUUAAUGACGAUGAUGAUGCUGCUAUAACUGCAACAAUUGUACUUAUUUCUGUUUUUAAAUAUAAUUAUCAAAUGAAUUAAACACUUACGCAAAGUAUAACCUACCGGAUUUUUUCUUAAAUAACAAAAUUUGCAAUAAAAGUUUAAAUUAUUGCGAUCUUACGUGUAUUCUACUGGCGACAAUCUCAAUCAAUGCAAAUAAAAACGCGUAAAUAAUAAUAAUUAAUUAAUAUAUAAUAAUAAUGAUAAGGGAAUGUGAAUCAAAUGAAUUCAAAAAAACUGAUCACUGCUGUAUAGAGAAAAACAUUAGUCCCCGUUUGCAAGCUAUAAGUUGCGAAAUUACUGUAAUUAAUUUUUUUUACUUAAAAUAAUAUUAUAUCUCUUAAGUGCGCAGUAACAGCCUGUAACUUCAAUAAAUUAUGUAUUCAGAAAUUUACAUGGAAAUGGUAGUUUCAAUAAAAAGAAAGUGAUCACAAGUCACCUCAAAAUAAACACUUUA